AUGCCGUGCGCGGAUAGGACAGUGGAAAUACGCCCAGUGGAGGAGGCAGCCCGCACGCUGCAUCUGGAUGCCAAGCCAUGGGUACGGCAGCCACGGUACGAUACGAACAUGGUGGCUCCGGCUGGGUGCGCUUUGGCAGCAGUCGCACAAAGGUCCUACGGCAGAAGCAGAAAUAGUCCUGCGACCUGCGAGAACACGGGUGCUGUCGUGGUGCGAACCGGACGGACGCACGAGUCGGGAGGCGGCACCAAAAGCAAGGCGCCGGAUCGAAGCAUCUCAUCUCAUUUGCUUCUGACAAGUCCUUUGGUGUUCGGCGCAAUCCAGCUGGGCCUGGGGAGGCCUGGGCGGACGGGCUGGCUGGCACAUCUGGCCUCGAAGGACAACUCUAUCAAAGAGCUGCCCACACCCAAACCCCUCCUCCUCCUCCAAAGCUCGGCACGCAAACCAUACCCCCCGAUCAGAUCUCUAUUUCCGUCGCUCCCGGCGCACCAAACCUGGAAUCCGGGGCCCGGUAUGGCUGUGCACACGCAGCACCUCCUCCCGCGCAUGGCCGUUCUUCCCGCAUCCCAGACGUGUAUGCCUGGCGAUUUGCCCAGGCACAGGCAGCCUCAGUUUAGUCAAGACGGCGGCCUUGGCUGGCCACAGUCCUGCCCUGUCGCACAGAGCACCAGGCCCGGCUCCAACACACGGCUCCGAUUCGCGACAAGAAGAAAAAACGGUCAUGCAGGGGUCGUUGACAGAAGGCCUAGGUAGCACAGUGCCCACUCCGCUCAAUGCACCACUCUGGCUGGAAGGUGGGAAGCCAGCACCCAGCAUCCAAUUCCACUGGAGCCCGCCUUGCCCGCCC